UAAAAACUCCAGCGAGCGCCCUUGGUACAACGCCUCUGACACCGAAGAAAGAAACGAGAAAGCCAAGAAAGCCUACGAAGCUUUGAUGACUGUAACCUUGAGAAAGCCUACCAAUAAAACAUACAUGGACUUCUCCAGAGAUGUCAAGGAGAGGGCCAAGAACCUCUACGCAAACUUUACAUAUGGCGAAGAUGAGGUGAACAGUUUUGUAGGAGCCUUCCACGACGCAGUGAUCCUGUACGCCAUCGCCUUGAACGAAACCCUGGCCGCCAAUAUCUCCAUCACCAAUGGCUCAGAGAUCACCAAGAGGAUGUGGAACCGAACUUUCACAGGUAUCACAGGAACAGUAAGCAUAGAUGAGAAUGGAGAUCGGAAUGCUGACUACUCCCUUCUAGACAUGGACCCAAAGACAUCCAAAUUCAGGGUGGUCGCCAAUUAUUUCGGCAACAUCAAAGAAUACGAACCAGUAGAAGCCAUCCACUGGGCAGGUGGCAGGAAGGAUCCGCCACCAGACACCCCAGAGUGUGGAUUCGAUGGAUCUAAAUGCCCUCCUGACGAGCCAUUUCCUCUAUACGUCAUCGUGAUUAUAGUUCUGGGGUCGGUCAUUAUCCUCGUCCUGAUCAUCUCUUUCUUCGUCUACAGGCAUAUACGCCUGGAGGCAGAGUUGGCAGAGAUGAACUGGCGUGUUCGCUGGGAUGACAUCCUGUUUGGCUCACCCAGCAAGAAUAAGAAGCUGGAGAGACAAGGCAGUCGGAUGAGUCUGAACAGAGGAUCAUACAACAGUUCCUGUUCUGGCGAUACUAUAGCUGCACAUCUCCAGGACGGGGCCAGGCAGCUUUACACCAAGACUGGAUAUUAUAAGGGUGCAAUUGUUGCAAUCAAAACUAUUGAAAAAACCAACAUAACGAUUCAAAAGCCGUUGUUGCUGGAAAUAAAACGAAUUAAAGACCUUCAGAAUGAUCACAUUGUCCGUUUUGUGGGAGCAUGCAUAGACCCACCUCACCAGUGCAUCAUCACGGAAUACUGCCCAAAGGGUAGCCUGCAGGAUGUCUUGGAGAAUGAAGAGAUCAAGCUUGACUGGAUGUUCAGAUACUCAGUCAUGCAAGACAUUGUCAGAGGGAUGGCAUACUUACAUGGCAGUGAGGUGCGGACUCAUGGCAACCUGAAGUCAACGAACUGUGUGGUUGACAGCCGGUUUGUUGUGAAAAUUACAGACUUUGGUCUUCACUAUCUGCGGCGAUCUGAAGAGAUGCAGGAGGAUGAGACCAGUUUUGCUCAUUAUCAACGCAUGUUGUGGACAGCACCUGAGCUUCUGCGAAUGGCCAACCGGCCAAGGGAAGGGACACCCAAAGGUGACGUGUACAGCUUUGCUAUCAUCUGCCAAGAGAUUGUGUACAGAAAGGGCGUUUUCCAUCUUCAUAACCUGGAUCUAAGUCCCCAAGAAAUCAUCGACAAAGUGAAAAACGCCAUCAAACCUUACUUUCGACCAACUCUAGAGACAUUCGACUGUCCCACCGACGAGUUGGCUUACGUCAUCCGCAAAUGCUGGGCAGAAGACCCCAAUGAGAGGCCCGAUUUCCAAAUGCUCAAGGGUCAAAUAAGGAAACUUAACAGAGAAGGAGACAAAGGCAAUAUUCUGGACAACCUCCUGUCUAGAAUGGAACAGUACGCCAAUAACUUAGAGGCCCUUGUCAGCGAGAGAACACAAGACUAUUUAGAAGAGAAGAGAAAAGCAGAAGAUCUUCUCUACAACAUGUUGCCAAGGUCGGUGGCCAGUCAGCUGAUCAAAGGCGAGUCUGUGCACGCUGAAACCUACGAACAAGUGACCAUAUAUUUCUCUGAUAUUUGUGGUUUCACAGCGCUGUCUGCGGAGAGUACUGCCAUGCAGGUUGUGGACUUACUCAAUGAUCUGUACACAGCUUUUGACACUGUCGUCUCACGUUUUGAUGUUUACAAGGUGGAAACUAUUGGCGAUGCCUACAUGGUAGUGUCAGGACUGCCCGUGAGGAACGGGAAUCUCCACGCCAGAGAAAUUGCCAGAAUGUCCCUAGCUCUACUGAAGGAGACACAUACGAUCAAGGUCAGGCAUAGGCCAGACUACCAGUUAAAACUCCGGAUAGGCAUACAUUCAGGCCCCGUAUGUGCUGGCGUUGUUGGGUUGAAGAUGCCUCGAUACUGCUUGUUCGGGGACACAGUCAACACAUCAUCUAGAAUGGAAUCUAACGGAGAACCACUGAAGAUUCACGUGAGUCCACAGACGAAAGCCAUUCUGGACUCUUUUGGCACCUUCAAGCUGGAGCUGAGAGGGGAUGUUGAAAUGAAGGGUAAAGGCACUGUGACCACUUAUUGGCUUCUCGGAGAAGAACCAUCAGCGAAUGUGCAAAUGAGUUCCCACGGAAUAUUGUGA